CCCAAAAUGAUGUCUCUCCUCCCUCUUUCUCAGUGUGUGCUCCUUCUCUUCUUCUUCCUCUACAUGUUGAUGAUCUUGGCCACUGCAACAGAACUGAGGCCGGGUUUUUACGCAGAAACUUGCCCGGAAGCAGAAUCGACUGUGAGAGAAGUGAUGAAGAAAGUCAUGAAAAGGGAUCCAAGAAAUGCCGCAUCAGUCAUGCGCUUUCAGUUCCAUGACUGCUUUGUUGAUGGCUGCGAUGCUUCGUUGUUGCUUGAUGACACACCCACCAUGCUUGGUGAGAAACUCUCUCUGUCCAAUAUCAACUCGCUGCGAUCUUAUGAAGUCAUCGAUGAGGCCAAGGAAGAGUUAGAGAAGCUCUGCCCUGGUGUUGUAUCAUGCGCUGAUAUUAUUAUUAUGGCCUCUAGAGAUGCCGUCGUAUUGACUGGAGGACCCAAUUGGGAAGUCAAGCUGGGAAGGCUAGACAGCUUAACAGCGAGCCAAGAAGACUCAGACAAAAUCAUGCCGAGCCCAAGAUCCACUGCAAGUGCCCUUAUCGAUCUGUUCAGCGAGUUUGAUCUCUCUGUGAAGGACCUUGUAGCCCUCUCUGGCUCUCAUUCAAUCGGAAACGGGCGCUGCUUCUCAAUUGUGAACCGUCUCUACAAUCAAUCAGGAACGGGCAUGCCUGACCCUGCCUUGGAAACCCAGUACAGAGAGAAGCUUGACAAGCUCUGCCCGAAAGGAGGAGACGAAGAAGUAAUUGGGGACCUUGAUGCAACCCCACAUGUCUUUGAUAAUCAGUACUUCAAGGACUUGGUCUCUGGUCGAGGAUUUCUUUAUUCAGAUCAAACUCUAUUCACCAACCAAAGGACUCGUGAAUUUGUUCAAAACUUCAGCAGUGAUCAAGAGGGGUUCUUUAAAGCCUUUGUAGAGGGUAUGGUGAAGAUGGGUGACCUGCAAUCCGGCCGGCCGGGAGAAAUCCGGCAGAAUUGCAGAGUUGUUAACAGGAGACCUAUGGAAAUCUUAAUUGAAUCUCUAGAUGAGAUGAACGAACAGAAAAGUGAGACAUAGAAAAGAUUAUCAUUACCAA